AUGGAAACAACCAACCUCACUUUCAAGCUCCUCUCCAGGCCUGAGGCGCUCAAGAUCCAUAGAAAAGAGCUUAGGCACAAAGCAGGCUCUGAGGCUGCAAGCAAAGAGGAUGCAGGCUCAGGGGAAGCAGGCUCCAAGGCUGCAGGCAGAGAGGAGGCAGAGUCUGAGGCUGCAAGCAAAGAGGAUGCAGGCUCAGAGGCUGCAGGCAGAAUGGAGGCAGGCUCUGAGGCUGCAGGCAGAGAGGAGGCAGGCUCUGAGGCUGCAGGCUCUGAGGCUGUAGGCAGAGAGGAGGCAGGCUCUGAGGCUGCAGCCAGAGAGGAGGCAGGCUCUGAGGCUGCAGGCUCUGAGGCUGUAGGCAGAGAGGAGGCAGGCUCUGAGGCUGCAGGCAGAGAGGAGGCAGGCUCUGAGGCUGUAGGCAGAGAGGAGGCAGGCUCUGAGGCUGCAGCCAGAGAGGAGGCAGGCUCUGAGGCUGCAGGCUCUGAGGCUGUAGGCAGAGAGGAGGCAGGCUCUGAGGCUGCAGGCAGAGAGGAGGCAGGCUCUGAGGCUGUAGGCAGAGAGGAGGCAGGCUCUGAGGCUGCAGGCAGAGAGGAGGCAGGCUCUGAGGCUGGAGGCAGGCUCUGA